AGAAGCAAUAGAAAAAAUAUCAGCAUUUUUUGCAUCAGUUAUUUUAACAAUUGCCUUUCCUUCAUGGAAAAUAUGGCUUACUUUUACCAUGACUUCCUUAUGCAAAAAACCAAAGUUAAUUUCUUCCCUGCAAGCAAUACUUCAUGCGGUACAUAUAACAUCUCGCACAUGGAAACACGAAACAGUACUAGAAAAAGAGCGUGUUA